UACUCAGUCAGAGCCGGGGACUUCCGUGUUCAGCACGUCGGUGCUGCACCCUUGCUUGUGGCCAUCGCUGGGCCCCUGGGCGCCAGGAGAGCCCGCCCCUGCGCGCCGCCGGUUGGCUCUUGGGGUGGGCGGAGGGAGCCCUCACCUCGUGCCCCGCCAUGUGCUCGCGGGUGCGCUUCGGGCCCAGCCCCACAGGCUUUCUGCACUUGGGCGGCCUCCGCACAGCUUUAUACAACUAUAUUUUUGCCAAAAAACAUGGAGGGAGCUUUAUCUUGAGGCUGGAGGAUACGGAUCAGAGCCGAGUGGUGCCUGGGGCUGCGGAAGGUAUCGAAGACAUGCUGGAGUGGGCAGGUAUCCCGCCUGAUGAGAGCCCGCGCCGAGGUGGCCCCGCUGGGCCCUACCAGCAGUCAUGCAGGCUUGAGCUGUACGCGAAAGCCUGUGAUGUCCUUGUGGAGAAGGGUGCAGCUUACCGCUGCUUUUGCACUCCUCAGCGCCUGGAGCUGCUGAAAAAGGAAGCGCUGCGCAGUCGGCAGGUGCCACGGUACGACAACAGGUGCCGACACCUGACCUCUAAACAAGUAGCUGAAAAGCUGUCGCAAGGCUCCGAGUGGGUGAUCCGCUUCCGACUGGAGGGAGAUGCAGAGCCCUUUAAUGACCUGGUCUAUGGGUGGACCAGCCACGAAGUGGCCAGCAUUGAAGGGGACCCGGUGAUCCUAAAGCGGGAUGGCUUCCCCACCUACCACCUGGCAAACGUGGUGGAUGACCAUCACAUGGAAAUCAGCCACGUCCUGCGUGGGACAGAGUGGCUGACUUCGACGUCCAAGCACCUCCUUCUCUACAGAGCUUUUGGCUGGGACCCCCCACAGUUUGCCCAUCUCCCGCUGCUCCUGAACAGAGAUGGCACCAAGCUGUCCAAACGGCAGGGUGACAUCUUCCUGGAACGUUUUGCUCGAGAUGGCUACUUGCCAGAAGCGCUGCUGGACAUUAUAACCACCUGCGGCUCUGGGUUUACAGGUAACCAGGGGGGGAGGACGCUGGGGGAUUUGAUUUCGGAGUUCAACAUCGGCCGGAUAACAACCCACUCUGCCCUGCUGGACCUGGACAAGCUCCCGGAGUUCAACAGGACUCACCUGGUCCGGCGCAUUGAGGACGAGAGGCUACGACCCAAGCUGGUGGGAGAGCUGCAGGCCCUGGUGGAGCAGGUUUAUGGGGAACAGCUCAUGGACAGAGAGGUUCUAGAGAAGGACUAUGUGGAGCGUAUCCUGCUGCUGUGGAAAGGCCACAUAAGCCUCCUGAAGAGCCUGGUGUCGCCCAACUACUCCUACUUGUGGGUGAGGCCCUCUGUGCCUCGAGAGCAGCUGGAAGCCUUGUCGGCAGAAGUGGAUGAGAUAGGGAGGCUGGUUCUCGGGCUGAUGGAAGGGCAAGCCACCACUCUCACCACCAAUGGCUUGAGCCAAGACUUGAAAGGCCUGCAGGAGAGGCUCAAGGGGACCAAAUACAGCACCAUGAUGAAAAUCCUCCGCUUGGCCCUCAGUGGACAGCAGCAAGGGCCAGGCAUUGCAGAGAUGAUGGUCUCCCUGGGCUCCCGAGAGGUGUGUGGACGGAUACGGAAGGUGCUGUCCAGCUAGCAAGAAGCUGCCAGAGGGAAUGGCCCCUCCGGGCAGGCAGCAGUGGCUGCUCAGGGCUCUGCAAGUUCUUUGUAGCCCUAGGUGUGCACCGGACAAACUGGCUGAAUUGCUUGCGGAUCCACGUGCGUCUUCUGAGGUGGCAGCUUGGACACGAGGGCAGCAGGGUCCACCCCAGUGUGCACACCUUGUAGGAGCUGGCUGCUGUCUGGGUGCGGAUAAUGAGACCUUCUUCUCGGUGAAGCUUUUCCAUCCAGCCGGGGACAGCAGAGGCUGAAUGUGUACUUCUGACGGCCGCCAAAUGUCCCCGAGCUCAUCAGAGGGGAGGUGCGUUUUGGAACAAACACAGUCACGGCCAAGUGGCUCCCACCAACCGUUGGGGAAGAGGUGUCAUGGGAGCAGACUGUCCUUUCAGCCAUGCACAUCUGGCUUGGCACACCUAUGUCGGUGGCAGCUGGUGCAGGAGAAGCUUGUGGUUUCCACUCUGCUUACUUUGUGGGUGACGUGAGGGCAUGAAUGCCCAGCACCAAAGCUCACUCUCCAGCAGUGCCCAGUUCCUUUUCUCAAGUCCCUGGUAGUUUUUUUUUCUCUUUGGGCAAAGCUUAUUGUCAUUCUUAGGUGAAAGUGUAUCGGGUGGGUCUUUUCCUUGCAGGGAGUCCUGCCCCCUUCCCUCCUGUACUGCUGCAGAGGAAAGCACACACUUGCAUCCUUAGGUUUAAGUGUGAUGCGCCCGUGCAGCUCUUCCCUAUAAAUAAAGUCUCUACAUAGUUCAC